UCUGGAGUCCGGAAGUGCCCGCUUCCUGCGAGUCUCGGGCAGCCAAUGAAACGCCGCGGGGAACCCAGUUCCCGAAUGUUGGCUUGGAUCAUGUGACUCUGUUUCGCUUUCGGCGGCGGUGUUCUAAAGGGGAAAGGCUUCUUGUAUAUACGUUUUGCAAUAGCAGCAGCAGCCAUGGGCUUCAUGGUGUUCUUCCUGCUCUGUGUGCUGUUGGGCCUCUGCGCCGCCCAGAGCCCUUUCCCUGCUGCAGAGAGGCUGGAGGAGGAAGGGUCUCCCUGGCUGGGGCUGCCGGAGGAGCUGCUGCACCCGGAGGUGGAGCCGGAGUGCCGGGAGCUCUUGGCCGGCUUUGCCAACAGCAGCGUGAGGCUCAGCGGGUGCCUGGUCCGCCACGCCCGGCCCGUCACCGUCUGCCAGAACUGCUACCGGCCCUUCCGCGAAGUCACCGAGCACCUGGAGAACAUCAGCCGCGCCGCUGGGAACACUACUGAGAGUAACCCCUGUGCCAAAAGCCUCUUGAUGUCUGAUAGACUACAGAUAGUUCUGAUCAUGUCUAAUUUUUUUAAUGCUACGUGGAAAAAAGCAAAUUGUGCAAAUUGUUUGAAGAACAACAGUGAAGGCUUAUCAAAUAGUACAGUGACAUUCCUGGCCUUAUUCAAUGAAUCAAUGGCAUGCUUUGAGCACAACCUUCAGAGGCAGGAAGACAGUCGGCUCCUAGGUAACAUCUCAGAUGUGUGCAAGAACUGCAAUGCAACUUACAGAAAAUUGAAUGACAUGUACAACAGUAUGCAAAAGAGUGGGAAAGAAGAUGAAUCCGAGGAAGAGUUCCACUUGUGCAUCGAUGUAGAAGAUGCUAUGAACAUCACACGAAGACUUUGGAGCACCAGUUUCAAUUGUUCUGUCCAUUACAGUGACACAGUGCCAAUGAUUGCUGUUUCUUCAUUCAUUCUCUUUCUACCAGUUGUUUUCUACUUGAGUAGCUUCCUUCACUCGAAACAGAAAAAGCGUAUCCUAAUGCCAUCCAAGAGGUUCCAGUCAAAUGAUAGUUCGGUGAACAUCCAAGAAAAAAAGCACUGAACCUGCAGAAUGCAAGCUGCUAUGGGACAUAUAUCAUUGCUCUGAUGGAGAUAAUAACAGUUUGGAAUUGCACUGGAUUACAAAAUGUUAAACGAGACAUUGUGUGACUCUGAGACGGGUACAUGCACUGAAGUGGCAAACAUUUUUCCCACUCUUUGGGGCUUUUAUUGUGAAAGGAAAUUGAAACUUCUUCCUUCUUUUGGUACUGAGCUUUUGUCUCACUUGAUUUCUGAUUGGUGACUGCUGAAUUAUGUCCCCAUGUUUCCCUUAUACAUUCCUAUUCUUUGCAGUUUAUGACUGAUAAGAAUCUAAUUUUAAUUUUCAUGCUCCCAGCCUUUAUUAUGACACAAUAACAUUCUUGUUUGUCUGUGAUAUUUUUUAAAAGAUGAAAUUAGAGCUAAUGCCUUAAUUGCUAACAGUAUUUUCCGCUGACCAGAUCACUAAUCUUGAUUCUCUAACCAAAUCACUGGUUGCAGUGCUGCUUAGAUAUCUGAAAUAGUUUCUUUAGUGUUCAUGUAAUUAUUUCUGGAACUACUGGUCGUUUCAAUUAAGUGGUAUUUAGAAUUCUGUCUUGGCCAGAAUGCUGUGCUCUUGAUAUUACCAUAGAUCGGGUCCAGUAAACAGAGUCACUUCUAUUACUUUGGGUAAGGGCUGUGUGAAGAUUAUGCUCAUUGAAUCACUGUUAGCUAAUCAGGUUCCUUUUAUCCAACCCGGACUACAAGUGUCAGAACCCUCUGGUUAGUUGGCUGGGGAAUAUUGGAAAUUGUAGUACAACACACCUAGAGGAAUUGGAUUGGGAAAGGCUGCUCUCAAGCUUUAUAGAGUGGCUUUAUAUUUAAUGGUACGUGGUUUAAAUAUAUUUAUUAGAAUUACAAAAGUAUUUUUCUCUUUUUGUAUAUUGGAAAAAAUAUCGCUGGACAUACUGAAUUUUGUUUGGUCUGAACUUGUUUGGACCUAAGAUAUAAAAAAGGUAACAUAUAUUUUAUGGAAAGUGAUGGUUUUUUCAUACUUAAGUGUUCUGAAAAUGUAUUAAUAUGUCAAUAUUUUAUUAGCAAAGGAGCAACAUAGGUUUUUCUACUGUUUUAAUAAGAUAUAAAAUAUACUUAAAAGACCCUGAAUUUUAGAGUUGUAGGGUCUUUGUGGUAGACCUUUGUUACCCAGACCACAAUACAACAGGUACAUUUCGGAUUCAUCUUAGAGUUCCCGAGAGGAUACUGUACACCUCCCCUCCCCAGUUGGGAGAUUCAACUGACAACUGUAAGCUGCCAUUGUUCAGUAGAAAGGCAAAAAGGAUGCAUUAGAGCAGUGGUUCUCAACCUGUGGGUCUCCAGGUGUUUUGGCCUACAACUCCCAGAAAUCCCAGCCAGUUUACCAGUUAUUGGGAUUUCUGGAAGUUGAAGGCCAAAACAUCUGGGGACCCACAGGUUGAAAACCACUGCAUUAGAGGCAAAUUGUAGAAAGCUUUGAAUGCACUGGAUCCAAAGCCCCUUGUUUGGAGGGAUUUUGAAAGGCAAGAAGGGUAUAAAAUCUGUUGUGCCAGCAGGAAUGAGUCUAGUUGUGUUGAGUUUCAUCCCUAGACAGCACAAGUCUCUUGUGUCAUCAAAUUUGCAGACCCCAAUGAGUAGCUAGACUAGAGAUAUGAUUAGGCUGAGGGAUUCCCGCCCCCCCCCCCAACACACAUUCCUAUGAAUGUUUCCCUAAAUGGCUUUGUCUUUACUCUUCCUCUUUGCCACUGUCUCCUCCCCUUUGUUGAUGUAGGAAUGGAAUUCUUAAAAACUAACUAGGGCCAGCCCUGAUUAUGACUUGGAUGGGAGGCCAAGCAAUAAUGAAUCCUAAGAGAUGCAGGCUAUAUUUCAGAGGAAUGAACUGGCUAAAUUGCUUCUUGAGUAUUUCUUGCCUAAGAAAACUCUUGUGUUUUUCUAAAGUUGACAAGACAAUUUGAAGGCAUGUCACACACACCAUGUGAAUAAGAAAAUGAUAUAUACACCAAUUCCUGAGAAACUGACCUGAGGAUUCAUGACAUUAAAAUGUUCCUGCUUCCUUUCACACAGCAAAGCAAAUGUAUAUGCCAACUGCCUCCAAGGUCAUACUUGUAUUUCUGCUUUCACUAUUGUCUCUGUAAGACGUAAUCCUGAUACAGUUCUUCCACUCUGAAAUGUCACUGGGUGCCUUUUUAGCUCUCAUUUGGAAAUUGUAAGAGUUUUAGUCUAAGAUUAGAGAAAGUCCAGAAUCAGAACAUCACUUGGCCAUGCAACUAACCUUGGCAUAGUCUCAGCUAACCUAUCUCAGAGAAUUAUUCGGGGGAUAGCAAAGGAAAGGGACAAUUGUGUAUGUCACCAUGAAUCUAUUGGCUGAAAAACUGGCUACAUAUUAAAGAAACACUUUCCUAGUUGAGACAGUGUGUUUAUACAUAUUGAUAAUAGUGUUUUGCCAGUAUAUGAUGGGAUUAAAGAGGAAAGCUUGUGUAUACAUUGUCUACUGCGUGUAGAAGAAAUAAGAGAGGCGUAAUUCCAGUUUUUCAAGGACUAUGACUUCCCUCGAUCUAGAGAUACUAUACUGAUAUUGAUGCAGCCUAGGAUUGCAUUGGCUUUUUUGGUUGUCACCUGUCACUGUUCACUCAUAUUUCACUUGUGGUCUACUAAGACCUAGAUGCUUUUUUUCCAUGUCAGGAAUGACUUGAGAAACUGGAAGCUGCCUCUUGUGUGAGAGAAUUGGCUGUCAGCAAUGACGUUGCCCAGGGGAUGUCCGGGCAAUUUCCAUCCCUGUGGGAGGCUUCUCUAAUGUCCCUGUAUGGGGAGCUGGAAAUGACAGAGGGAGCUCAACCCUCUCUCCCCGGAUUUGAACUGUUGACCUGUCAGUCAGCAGUCCUGCCGGCACAAGGGUUUAACCCAUUGCGCCACCUAGAUGCUAUUACACAUGUACUGCUUUUAAGCUAGGUAUCACUUAUCCUACAACAGUUCAUUUAAUUUUUCCUUCCUAAAUGUAAUGUCUUCUAUUCCUCACUGUUGAAAUUCAUUUUAUUGCUUUUGGCCUAAUUUUCCAAUCUGUAAGGUAAUUUUGAAUUCUAAUCUUAUUCUCUGAGGUUUUGGCUAUCCUUUCCUAAUUUGGUGUCAUUGCAAAUUUGAUAAUCAUGCCUUCUGUUCCAUUACUCAGUACAUCAGUAAAGAUGUUGAAUGGUGUCAGAAAAAAUUCUCAGGAACCCCAUUAAACAUUUCCCUCCAGGAUGAAAAGGAACCAUUUGGGAGCCUUUUGGGGUUCAGUCCUUCAACCUAUCUCUUGUUGAAGGGAUACUCCAUCUAUUACUUUUUUAAAAGCAGCUAUUUUUCUAUCUACUGUAUUGCCUUCGGCUUUCGAGAUGUUUGGAUUUAGUCAGCAGCUGCCCUUAAUAGCAUUACAUUGAUUUGAGGCAUCAUAUGACGGGGAGCAGCUCAAAGCGAUCUUUCAUUCAUGCUGAGAGGGCCUGUGUGCUUGUGGAAAGCUACGGAAUGACAGAUUUGCUCUCAUAAGCAGUGGCUUUUUGAGCUCAUUCAUAUUAAGUAGGUCUGAAAGUCAUUAUUCUUGGGUAUGGUGGUUAAGCACUUGAGGCCAAGGUGGAAGAGGAAAGCUGCUUUUAUGAUUUCCUUAGCUGCUAAGCCAAUAGAAAAGUACUCAUGUGAUUUUUGUUGUUGUUUUCUUGUUUUAAGCAUAAGAGAAUGAAAGACAUAACUUGUUCCAAAACUUAAUGUUAUCUUUCCCACAUGGUUUAAAAUGUUACAUUGUGCACUGAAAUAUUUUUACUGCUGUAUAACUUUUAUUUUUCAGCCUACUGGAUAUCAGCAUAUUAGUAGUAAAAAGCCCCUUUGGGGAGAUAGGAUGGUAUAUAAAUAAAGUUUAUUAUUUCUAUUAAAAAUAAAAAAUACUGUCAGAUAUAAUAAAGAUUCUUCGUUUACAAUCA